AUGUUCCGUACUAUUGCUAGGUUCACAUGGGGCAAUUAUACAGUAAUUAGUUAUAUGUGGGGAAGCCCAGAAGAUACGAAGACAAUUACUAUUAACGGGAUGCCCGUUACUGUUAGGAAGAACCUAGCUGCUGCUUUGGACUGCCUUCGGUCUUCCCUCGUGGACAAGGUCUAG